AUGUUGAGUUUACGAGUACGCGAAAAACAACCUUCCUUUUCUUUUUCGAAAGUAGUAUUUGGAAAUUUUGAAGAUGAAAGAUGCACUCAAUUCCGAAUAGAAUCAGAAAUACUUAACGUGUGGAUUAAUCAGUUCAUGAAAGGCCGAGUGUUCAUCAAGGAAUCCAAUGAUUUGGAAUGCUAUGUGGAUUUGAUUGAUGAUUAUGGAUAUAAAUUUUGGAUGGACAUCAAACGACAAAAUAUUAAGCAAAUCGUUUAUUACGAGUGCAUGUCUUGCGUCAUUAUAGAGAUGAAAACAGUUCCUUACAUCUUUAGACAGAAAGUAGUGAGGAGUCGAUGGUCUCAAGAACCCAAAACACGAAUUGCCGCUCCAGACGAUUCUGAUCUCGAUGAAUCCUCAUAUGCUCAAUGGGUUCGACAGUGGGAAUGGUCUCGAUGCAUCAUGUUGAGAAAUAUUUCAAAUUGGAGUGAUGUUGAAAGACAGUUAAAAACAAAUCAUCGAUGUAUCGUUCAUUCACAAUCGACGAGCAUUGAGACAAGUCGUAUUGAGAGACCUGUGUUUGAGAUUAGUUUCUGUGAAAUUCCCUUUAACACACAAUAUCUUUUGCUUUGCUUGAACACAAAAAUUCCAGGUCUAUUGUUGUCUAUUUCCAGGAUCAUCCAAAUUAGGAAUCUUAUUGUGAAAUAUAUUAAUCAAGACUAUGCAUUCGAAUGGAUUGAUCAAGCUUUGAAAGAUCUCUUGGAUUAUAACGACUUUUAUCCAGUUGAUUUUAUUCAACUAUUUGAAAAGGCAAUUCAGAAACGAAAGCAUUCAGUCGACACAUCCUUUCUCGAAAAGGAAAGAAACGUAUUCCAAAUUCGAAGGAUCAUGAUCACACCCACAGGAAUUCGAUUUUUCGACAAGACAAUAGAAGGAGGAAAUCGAGUACUUCGAAAAUAUAACUCUCAUGAAUUGGAUCAUUUUGUGAGAGUCACCUUUUGUGACGAAGAUUUACGAACAUUGAGUGCAGAAAAGUUCACUCAUUUGCAUCCCAGAUUGAAAUCCAUCAUGUCUGAAGGUUUUAUGGUUGCGAGCAGACGUUAUGUAGCUCUUGCUUAUUCCAAUAGUCAACUUCGAGCACAUAGUUGCUGGUUUCUCAAUCCCACCAACAACACAUUAACCGUUCACAACAUUCUUGAAAGUUUGGGAGAUUUUUCCUCCAUUCCAACCAUUGCCAAAUACGCCUCAAGAAUUGGUCUUUGCUUUUCUCACACCUAUGAAGGCAUUUCCAAAGAUUAUGAUGUUGAAGAAGGAGUGAUACGAGGAAAAUGGGAUUUCACAGAUGGUGCUGGAAGACAUUCUCUAAAAUUUGCACAUGAACUUGCAGAAAAGCUCUCUAUUAGCUUUGGAGGUAAACCUUAUGUUCCAUCGGCUUUUCAAUUUCGAAUGGGAGGAGCGAAAGGGGUGACCGUACUCGAUUCGCACUUGGAUGAAUUCACAUCGAAGGAUUUGCUUCUCACGAAAAGUCAAAUUAAAUUUGAAACAAAAGAAGAAGAGACACAUUUUGAGAUGAUUACCUAUUCCAAACGAUUACGAGUGGCUUUGAAUCGACAAGUGAUUGCCUUAUUAUCUACCAAUGGUGUCAAGGAUGAAACAUUUCUCAAACUUCUCUCAAAGGAACUUGAUGAUGUACGUGACGCAGUUCAAGACAAGACUAAAAUGAUGCGAUUAGUGAGAAAAAUUCAAGAGAAUCCAAUCGGAAGUAAUGUUCAACGAUUAUUGAAAUUGAAAUCAUUGGACACAAAGAUGAAAGAACAUGUGAAACAUUUUGAAAAGGACAAACAUCAUUCAUUUCAAUACUUUUUCCAGAUUGAUCCAUUCUAUUGUUCAAUUGUCAAUGCCAUGCUAAAGCUCAAAUUAAGCGAUUUGAAACAUGCAAGAAUUCCUGUGGAUAAGGGUGCAUUGUUGAUGGGUCUUCCAGAUUUUGCUGGAGUUCUUGAAGAAGAUGAAGUAUUUAUUCAACUGUCAGCACUCGAACAAGAUGAAUUGUAUGGAGAAGGUUCAUUGGCACAAGGAGGAAUUGUAUCUGGACUUGUAUGUGUCACGAGAAAUCCAUGUCUUCAUCCAGGUGAUAUUCGCAAGCUGAAAGCCAUUAAGGAUCCGAACAAAAUUCGUCACUUGUCACAUUUGAAGGAUGUCAUUGUUUUUAGUCAAAAAGGAGAGCAACCACAAGCCAGCAAAAUGUCAGGAGGUGAUUACGAUGGAGAUUUAUUUAUGGUUUUAUGGGAUUCGCAAUUACUGCAAUUUGAGGAAUAUCCUCCAAUGGAUCAUGUACCAUUGACACCAAAAACGAAACCUGGAGGAUGUAAUUUCAGUGACAUUGGCCAGUUCUUAACAGAGUAUGUGGUGAAUGAUAAUCUUGGCGUUGUUGCUUUUCUUCACUUGGAGCAUUAUGACCAAUCUCCAGAAGGUGCCAAAUGUCAAAAGUGUCUGGCAUUAGCAGAACACCAUAGCCAUCAAGUGGAUUAUGCCAAAACAGGUGAACGAAAGGCACUACCAGCUGACUUGUUAUCCAAUAAGAGACCUCACUACAUGCCACCAGCAUUUGCAAAAGAAAAGUAUAAAUCCACAAAGGUUCUUGGGAAAAUAUAUGACGAAGUGGAGCAUGUGGAAAAACAAGUGAAAAAACUUGAAAAAUUGAGACCAAAAGAAAUAUCAGAACAUGCAUGUCCCACACUUUCAUCAAAGUUGUGUCCUUAUUUUGAGAUUUUAGACAAGAUUAUUGUCGAGUACAAGCCAUUGAAGCAAUUGUUUAAUUAUUCCAAAGAUGUCAUUGAGGAUGAACACAUGGUGGACGAAGAUAUUCACAAAUGCUUUGAACAGAUACUUGUUCUCUAUGAAGAGUACAAGAAAGACCUCAAAAAACUUCUUCAUGAUUACGAGGUGGAUUCAGAGGCGAUCUUACUUUCUGGCUUUUUUGAUGCUCGUCGAUUGGAAACCAAAUGUGGAAAAAGCUACUUCAAGCUCAAAAUGGAAAUUAAUAGGCUCACUGAAACAUUUACCAAGUACUUUCGCGAAAAGAGUGAAAAAUUGAUUAGUGAACACGAGUCUGAGCAACUCUCUAAACAAGACAUUGCCACCAUGUUUUACAUUGCAGUUCGAAAUGACAACAAAAUGCACAUGAAAAUCAAGAAAAUGUUUGGCUAUUCGUUUUAUUAUCUAGUUAUUGAUAUGAUUAUAGAGAAAAAUUAA